GGGGCCUCAGAUCAGCAGGCAGGAAGUGAGGGAAGAGCAAGGACAUACUGAAAGCCAUGAGGACCAACUGGAGCCCGUGUCUGCCUCUCACCACCUCAUACUUCAGUGGCAGGUGACCUGCAGAAGCAACCGGUACCCCUCACACUAAGAGAAGCUGAGGGAGCUGUAGGCCUGCCUGCUGCCCAUACCAAGGAAGUGAGCCAGCAGCUCAGUAACGGGAUGCGACAGCUACAGUGGCACCUGGCACCCUCCACCCUCAGAGAAUGCUUAGCUUGCUGCUUGACUUCCACCUUCAGAUGCUCAAGUAAAUUUCUCUGGUAGCCAACCCAACCUGGAGCCACACAGGGAAGCAAAUUCUGGGAAACGUGCUCAAGCUUAGUUAGGUUGACAUACUACGAUACCACCACAGUCCCUAAAAUCAAUAUCAAAGGGUAAAUUUCACAUCCAUUUACUGGCCAGUAGAGAUGCUGAAGUGGAGGGAAGGGAGUGGGGAUGUGAAGAGGUAAAAGGAAGAGGUGAAGGGAGCUUUCUUGGUGAUCUUCAGAAUGUGUCUAUAAGAGAAGAACAGACGUCAGAUAGGCCGUUACAUGGUCACAUAGCCAAAUGUUUAUAAAUAUAUGUGUCCAAAAAGAAAAACUUACAAGUGAACCAAAGUUAUGUCUGAGAAGUACUGAAGGAUACUCAAGGGUUUGUAAGUGUCCUGGCUUCCUCUGGACACCAUGGCAACCCCUACCCCCAUCUCAUGCUCCGCCACCCCCUCCUCUGGGUGCUGGGCAGCACAAGGGGAAGGAAGCCACGGGAGAAAGGGACAAGUGUGAUCAGAGCGCCUCAAGGGCCAUAGAGGGGAGCCCCUGCAAGCACAUACACCAGUUUUCUUCUUUGGCAGAAGCCAGUUAGUUUCCAAUGUACCAGAAUGGAAUGGAACAGUGAGGCUUUAGGCCAUCAAAGGCGUAGGCUUGUUUCAAGAGACAUUUCCUUCCUGUGGGGGAGCAGUGGGUGGGGUUAGAUGAUAAAACUUGGUGGAAGGCAAUUCUUUCCAGAGCCCAGAACCUGAAGUGGCUCCAGAAGGUGUGGACGUGUCCGAGCUUUGUCUUCUCUCCUACGUUAGGGAGUUCUGCAGUUCAAUGGGACACUUUAUCGGUCAUAUGUACCCAGGGCUGUUUCUAGUCUUCUAUGGACUGUAUCAGGCAAUAGUGGUCUCCAAAGCUGCGAUAUUCAAUGACUCUCUCCUGUAUUCUUCACGCCCUCUCAGGAAUAAGGGAAGAUGGGCCAGGCUGUGGAAACUAUGCUAUGGAGGUUUGUUGAAGAUGGUGACUGGCUCCCUCUUGAUAGCUUAUGAGAUCAGCUGUGUCACAGGAGGGUUGAAGCUGAUGAACAGGGAGCUGCCACCGAGAUUUAUGUUCCCCAAAGAGUGGCAGCACCUCACCAUGUUCAUCCUCCUCAGCCUCAAUGGCUGUGUAGAUGUCACGAGCAAGAACUUGCUGCCUCAGAGAUGUGUACUCCUAGAAAAAGGUACCCUGGUCCUGACCUUCUACGUGCUCCUGCUGCUGCUGGUGUCACAUGUUCAGGACUCAUCAGGGGUGGAGCUGCAGAUUCAUUCUCUGCUCAUCUUGGUGGUCUUUCUGCUGAUGCUGGUGUUGACUGUAGAGCUCUGGGCUCCUGAAAUGUUUUACCUCUCGCUGAUCGAGACUUUUCUGUUUCUCCUGAUGGGCUCCUGGCUGAUACAGGCAGCCUUCAUUCUGUACAGACCUGUCACGGGCUACCCAUGGCAGGACGAUGACAUCAGCGACAUCAUGUUUAUCACCACUUUCUUCUGCUGGCAUUUGAUGAUCAAUGCUUUGUGCCUGUUGGGAAUCUAUGGUGUCUCUUUCUUUUGGCAUCGUUGUCGCAGUCCCAGCUUGAAGCUCAUGGAGACUAAAGAAGCUCCAUAUGCCACGAGCACUGUAGGAUCCCUCUACAACUUGCUGCAGGAAGGGGAGCAGGCAGAGAAAGAAGAACAGGCUCUUCUCCUUUCAAAGAGUUCGCCCUGAGACAGAACCUAGAU